GAAGCACGAUUUCUACCAGACUUCAAUGCGCUGGAGAAGUGUGUGCAACCGGCGAGACGGAGGCUCAGGCGCGGUGCGCCGCCGUCCUGGGCUCCGCGUGUUUGCUUUCAGCGCCGGCUUCCUGCGGGACCGCAUGAACGGGGCCUUUCUGGUUCUGCGGCCUCUGCUGGGGCGGGGCGGGCUGGGGGCGCCCGGCCAGCCCGUUUCAAGGGAGCCGCCGGGAGCCGACCAGGCGGGCCGGCGCUGCCUCGGCCGCGACGUCGAAGGAAACCAGCGCGGUUUUCCUUCUUCUGCUAACGGCGCACCACAAGACAGCAGGUGUGCGGAGACGGCCACAGCAGGUGUGCGGAGACGGCCGCAGCAGAGAAGCAGCCGCUGGGCUGCAGCCCAGGCUCCUGGCCUCACGGAGCGCCCAGCUCACCUCUUGCUCCGGGAGGUGCCUGUGAAGUGUUCCAGGCCUGGGAAGAGAGAGUUCUUCUCCUCCCGACCCGCUGGGAGCACCGCGGCCGUCUCAGCUGAAGCCUGGAGCGGCAGCGAGGUGGACGCAGCGGCGCGGCCGGAGGCGGAGCGCGGGGGCGGCGGGGAGGAGGACCUGCGGACCGCGCUCCAGGCCGGCCGGGAAGCCGCGCCCUGGCAGAGGAGCGGCCGGGGCUCCGAGACCCCGAGAUAG